CCACACAUCUCAUCCCCGCCCUUCUCCAAAUUUUAGAUGAAAGGGCUUUUGGAUUUUGGAUGACGCUCCGAAUCACGUGUUCAGAGGAAAUACACUCGCUAUAAUUUUUGGGAGCUGCCUCGUCCUGCACCGCGGAGUGUUUAGGUGUCUGCAUACAGUGUGCGCGCCACAGGCUGGACGGCUAAUGUAAUGUAAUGUACCUUACCGUGGUCACUGACGGGUUCACGCCAGUUCACCAGGUUCACUUGAGGAGAGCUCCCACCCCCUGCUCGCCUCCUCUUCUCCUCAAAGCGCUGCGAUCGGACCUAAUCCAAUAUUAUUCAUUUAUAAUUUAAUGCCGGAUCGCAUUUUUGCCUGACGACGGUUGAGGAUUCUCCAUGUGACAGGAGUCCUGCAUCGUCUCAAGGCAUGAAGCAACACUGUGAUAUAGUGGCUGGUCCAUGACACUACAGUCAGCUCAACCCUCUCCACUGUCCACCUCCCUCUGUUCUCAUCAAACCGGACGACCAAGCUCCCACUGUGUCAUCACCACCAAGAAUCACCAUGGCCAGCAAGAGGAAAUCCACUGUACCCUGCAUGAUACCAUCCAAAUCCAAACAUGCACGCGAGGAAAUCAUUCUGGGCUCACUACCAGAGCUUCUACCGACAAUCCCAGAAGACAGCAUACUCAGCAUCUCUGGAGAAGAGUCUGGCCACUGUUCUCACAAGACUGAGUGUGCUAGUGAGACACAGAAAGGAGGCACCUACAGCUGUCACCCCUGCCAUUUCGAAUCCAGAGACCUGAACUACUUUUUGGAUCACAUGCACAACUGCCACUUAGAUUUUAGGGCCCAGCCCACCUUCUACUGCCUGAACUGUGGGAUGUCAGUUGUUCGUUUUGAAGCUCUGGCUCUGCAUAACGCCAAUACCCAUCCAAAAAUAAUGCAGGGCUUGGUUACUGCCUCCCUUAUGGUCAACAAAAGGGAUGGCAUCACAACUGUGGAGCAGAACCUUUUUACUGACAAUGCAGAAGAUAAGGAAUCUGGUAUCCCCCUAAUCAAAACACCCAUCGCAAAGAUGAUGAAGUCAAAGGGGGAGCAGAAGAAGAUAGUGGUUUCUCACACUGUCGAGGUACGGAAAAUAGAUACUGGAAAAGAUAUAGACCCCAGCAUGCUGACAAAUGUGCCUGAACUACAAAAUGGGGCUCCCAGUCGCACUGGAGCCUCAGCUAUGCCGAGGACAACUGUCUCUCACGAAAUUACGACGACAGUGUCCAACCAUGUCUUUCACCAGCACACUCCCUCCCUUUAUUCCCCUCCUUCCUCUGAUUCCAAUAAGGACCUUCCAAAGGUGAUGAUCCCCCUUAGCAGCAUCCCAACUUAUGAUGCUGCCAUGGACACCAGCAGCUUUCUCAAGACAUCCUUUGGCAAGUUCCCCUAUCCGACCAAAGCUGAACUCUGCUACCUAACGGUGGUCUCUGAGUUCCCAGAAGAGCAGAUCAAACUGUGGUUCACUGCGCAGAGACUCAAGCAGGGCAUAAGCUGGUCUCCUGAAGAGAUUGACGAAGCGAGACGGAAGAUGUUCAAUACAGUGUUCCAAGGUGGAGCACCUCAAAAACUACCUGCUGCACCUCGGCAGGUCAAUCAUAUUGUCCACCACACAGUUCAUCAAAGCUUGAAAGGACCAAACUUCCCUAUGGCCAAAGUUCCUUAUGGCAUUAUGAAAACCAGACCUGUUGGAGUCAUUGCUAAACAUGCUAACAUGUCAACCAAUCCAAAUGUGACCAGGGUCUCGUAUUCUACUUCAGUGCUGCCGCCAAGGUUCCCAUCUGCUGUCAGAACCUCACAGGUACUUACCAAGAACACCCAAGCCACUGUGGAGCCAGACAAAAGUAACGGCAUGGGUCUGGACCUGCCUGUGAGCAGCGCCGGUCUCAGCGGCAGCAGCAGUCGGAGCAGCAGUUGCAGCAGUAGCAUGAGUAAUGGUGAGACUGUCAACAGGAGACAAGGUAACAACAACAGCCAGACCAACAGUUUGGCCAAUAUUAGCAAUAAUGAGCACUGUGUUGCUGAAAUUAAUGGCAAAGAAAGCAUAAAAAGUUGUUCACCAACUGGAUUGGAAGAACAAAAUGGUACCAAAAACGCAGUAAACACCAGCAAAGCCAACCCCACUUGCAACAAUCACAUCAGCGGCACUAACAAUCCUCCAGAACAGUCCCGCAAUAGUAUAACUAAUGAGGAAUGCAGCGUCAACACCCACAAAAACACCAACAGCAGUGUUACCAGUGAAUACACUAGAACAAGCUGUAUCGACGCUGCCUCCAGCCUGAACCAUGCCAGCAAACCCCCAACUGAAACCACCAGCAGCACAGUCAUCACUAUGAACAACUCAUCUAUUUCAGAUGAGACUAAACUCAACAAAGAGUUUUCUAUGAAAGGCAUGUCAAUCUUACAGCAGCUCAUUAAGGACGAUGACCCUCUAGCUGCAGACACAAAUGGGCCCGAGCUGAAACUGCACCCCCUCAAUAUAAACUUCAAGAGGAUAAAGAUGAAUGCACCAGAGAUUCCUCCUGAAAGUGUGCAUCAAGAACACAAGCCUGAACCAGCGGAGGCGUCUCAAGCCUCCUUCUCUCCUCCAUGGAGUAACAAGACCCCGCAGCAGCUGCACAUUCUCAGACAGGUGUUCUCCAGCACACGCUGGCCUAGUAGCCAGCAGUACGAGGAGUUAAGUGUUCAAACAGGCCUGCCAAAGUCGGAAGUUGUCCGCUGGUUCAGUGAUAGUCGCUACAGCCACAAGAAUGGGCAGUUAAAGUGGCUCGAGACUUACCAGCGCCUGCCUGCGGACCCAGAGUCCCAGAGGGGCCAUGGAGACAAUGAACCUGAGUUACAAAAGGACUUUCUAGACAAAAAGAAACUUGCAGAGCAAGACAUGAUUAAGCACCUUGAAGGAGGAGGUCUGAACUCAGCACAGCAGAUGGUAUGGCAGGAUUCAUACCCACCCCUGCUGGGUCUGAUGGGGUCCAAGGAGAGCAACAUGCGAGGAGCUCAUGAGGAGGCUGCACCCAUGGGAGUCUUGCAGGGGCCUUGGUCAGAAAGUGCAGAGGACCACCAGCAGCCCGUGGCCAACCAGUCACUCAUUGAUCAACAGAAUGACACAAGUCAGGCCAGGGACCGCCUGAGGAUGGAGCUCCUGGAGGUGUGAGGAAACAGGCCCGGUCUUGCCAGAGGAAGACCAUGUCGGAAGGCUGGCGUGCUCCUUGGCUGUGGUCUACCAGAGUGUUCAUGAUGACAGCAGAUGUGAUUGUAGCUGGACCGUAGGACUCUGACUAUAACUGUGAAUACCCCUCACCCCUCCUCCAACUCCAUCUGCCAUCACGUCCUGCCAUCGUCAAAAGAAAGAACUUCUCACCUUUUGAAUCCUGUGAUGUUUAAAGCCUUUCAUGCUUCUUUGUGGUUGUGUGGGGAGGGUGCACAAUGAGGUCAGUACGAGGGAUCAAAGAAAAGAACGAGAAAAGACGCACACUGACUGGAAAACCGACUUGAAUAAGCGAAGAUAGGAUAGGGCCGAGAGAUUGUUUCUGGGUCGGAUGGAGAAAUAUAUAUAUAUAUAUAAGUAUAUAUAUAUAUAUCUAUAUAUGAAUACAGUAUAUAUGACCGAAUCUGCACUAUAAAAGAGGGUUUGUACUGACUGGACAAACAUGACAUGUUGAGGAAUUGUUAUUGUUGGCUUUGUGAUAUUUUUUACUUUUUUAGCAACCAGUACUUCAGCACUGCCUUGAAUUUUACAUUUUCCGUUCUUUGGUUAUUCAAUUCUAUUUACUCUUCUGUAGUCACUGUAAGUCCAGAUGCAAUCAAACAUGUUUUAUUUAGAUAUGUAUAAUCGUUGGUGAUCACUUCGCAGUUAAGCUACACGCAAGAGACUAUGUACAAUGCACUAAUGAAGACAAUGCUAAAAAACACCACACUGCCCCACAGUAAAGGUAUUGACUGCUGUGAAGAUCAAUACACUACACUGCCCUGCAAAUGAACAGAGAAAAGCCUGUCACGCUAACGUUGCCUUACUCAGCUCUGUCUAUGUGUUUAUGACCGUCUGUCCAUCACCUUGCUUUCCGGCUACUGUGCUGUCUUUAAAAGAAGAAACAUGAAAAAUAAUAUGCCAGUACAUUGAUGGUCACUGUUGGUCUAUAUCUGUGAAAAAAAAAAAAAACUUGUGCUGCUUUCUGUACACUUGGAGAUGUUUUAAGCUGUAAUUGUAUCAAAUAUUGUUACCGGCAAAAACAAAUUAUCAAUUUGGUCCCUAGGCACUGACAGAGUGGGAUAUUGUGCUAGCUAGAGAGCCAAAUGAGGAGAACUUUAUUCUUCUCUGAAUUUUCUUGUGUUUAUAUAAACAUACAGUCACUACAUGAAUACUAUUAAGCUGCAUCUUUGUCAAGCUGCUAAUAGCUAAGAACGGUGCUAUACCAUCCAAAGUGAAAUUGGAGGUUGAUCUCCUACCAGCAGUGUAUGCACUUGUGUCGAAUGUUACAAAUUUAUUUUGGUUUGAAAUAAAUGGAAUCUGGACUUACGGUGUUAUGAUCACUUUAAAACUUUUAUGAAAUAGUCUGAUCAUAAAGCACUGUUGUAUCAUCCUUUCUACACUUAUGAAUCUUUACAGAAUAAACAAUACUCACCAAGUAACAA